AUGAGAUUGCUUCAAGAGCAAAAUACAGCCGAAAAUGAUAAAGAUAUUGCUGUUGAAGAUGAUCUUCUUCUUAUUGAAGACAAUGGGGUAACUGCUAAAAGAGUUUGCGGCGUGCCAGUAUACCGCCUUAAUACCUACUGCACUUGGACAAUGACAUCGUUUCAACGACCAAGCACAAUGAAUGGAAAAAAUAUCGACAGAGAUGCUAAAACGUACCAGACAUACACGAAAAGGAGAGAUUACGAAUGGCAAAUAGUAUGGAGAAACGUCUUGGCUUUCAUUUAUUUGCACGUCGCAUCAUUGUACGGCGUUUACCUCAUAAUUACCUUGAAAUCGAAAAUAUGGACGCUGCUAUUCGCCGUUCUUUUCGCAUCAUUAUCGGCUAUGGGUGUAACAGCGGGCGCGCACAGACUAUGGGCACACAGAGCAUAUAAGGCCAAAUGGCCCCUGAGACUCUUUUUAGCAGUGUUGCAAACAAUGGCCUUCCAGAACCAUAUAUAUGAAUGGGUGCGGGACCACAGGGUACAUCACAAGUUUACGGAGACGGACGCUGACCCGCACAACGCAAAACGAGGAUUUUUCUUCUCGCACAUAGGCUGGUUGAUGGUGAGGAAACAUAAGGACGUAUUUGAAAAGGGCGCCUCCGUUGACAUGUCAGAUUUGGAGAAAGACCCUAUCGUUAUGUUUCAAAAGAAAACGUAUCUUAUAGUAAUGCCAAUACUAUGCUUUUUGCUACCCGCUUGGAUACCAGUGGCAGUAUGGGGGGAAACCCCAUGGCAUUCCUGGUACGUUGCCGCCAUGUUCCGCUACACGUUGACCCUGCAUUUUACAUGGCUCGUCAAUUCUGCAGCUCACAUUUGGGGCAACAGGCCAUACGACAAAUACAUAGGCGCUACUGAUAACAAAACCGUUGCAAUUUGCGCUUUUGGCGAGGGAUGGCACAACUAUCAUCACGUGUUCCCCUGGGAUUACAAAGCAGCUGAGCUCGGACACUAUAGCACAAAUAUUUCUACAGCUCUUAUUGACUGGGCCGCAAAGUACGGUCUAGCGUACGAUUUGAAAACCGUAUCUGAAGACAUGAUCCGUAAAAGGGUAUCAAGAACUGGUGACGGCUCCCAUCCGUUAAGUAAAGGAGAGGCGAAUUCACAUGAAGAUCACCACCACCCGGAGAAUCCAGUGUGGGGUUGGGACGAUAAGGAUAUGCCAGAAGAGGAUCGAAAAUUAGCGGAAAUAACAAAUAAAUCGGACUGA